ACACAGCGCUCAGUUAGUAAGCUGGCAGUUUUCGUUAAGUAAACAACUCGCUCGGGGUUCGCUCUUUGUGGCCGGAUCCGAUUCCCUUAUGGUGCUGGAUCGUUGCCUGCGGAGAAGGUGUGAUCGUGUUGUCGUGCUUGGAAGAAGAAAGUUGUCUUCCUUUAAGUGAGUGAUUUUAUUUUUUAAAGUGAGAAAGUGUUUAAUAACAAUUGUUAAAGUUAAAAAAAAUCGUAAAAGAAAGUCGGGAGAAUACUAAAAAAGAGAAUCUUGCCGACUGAGUUCGACCAACUCCUCAGCAAUAUCGGCAGACGGUGUAACUUUAAAACAAAAAUUGGUGAAUCCAUCUAUUGGUGUGUGUGUGCAUGUGUGCCAGGUUUUCGUGUGUGGGCAACAAUUAGUUGCAAAUUUUUCGCUAGCCUUGCGGAAACAGGCAACAAACAAACGAAAGGUAGUUUCCUACGGGUAGUUUCCACCCCAAGCUGCUUCACUGCCUACCAACGUGUACGUUUGCAGACUAAGGAAUAAAAAUAACUUAAGCAUAAUAAUAAUCACCGCAAGUGCAACGCCACCCUGGUUUUUUUUGGAAGGGGGAAAUCCUAGCCACUGGCUCCGUGAGCUUUUGGGAGAGCAAAUUUGGUGGUUGUUGUGGUGUAAUAAUGUUUGCGCUAGUGUAGCAGCUCAACAAAGUGACGGAUUAAUAAGUGAAAAAAGUUAGGUGCGAUCUUACUCUUCAAACGGUGUGAAACACGAUCGCCUAAAAAUUUCUACAAUACUCAUCGGAAGCGAAAUCGACUACAUGUUGGCGACAACCGCCAACAGUGACAUGGCGCCGCCGGACGGGCCCAUGCAGUACGACUCGAAAUGGUCUCCGAUGAAUAUCAUCACGAUGCCGACCAAGAUCAAGCAGGAGGGCUUCAACGUAUUAAGUCACCUAGACGUUUACCACCCGCUUGCAGUAUCGUUACCAGCGUACGAGCAGGUGAAGUCUUCAUCGCCCUCCUCCCUUCAGCAACUGCCGACCGUGAUCGAGCGGCUGCACGAGGAAACCGGAGGCUCUCCCGAUCACCAACACCAACACCACGCACAGCAACAACAUCAGCAGCAGCAGCAGCAACAGCAGCAACAGCAGCAGCAACAGCAACAACACCAACUUCAUCAUAAUAUAGGUUCGCUGGCCCUAUCUUCCAAGGCACCCACCCAACAAGGCAAUCCGGACGAUCUGCCAAGCAAUAGCUUAGUAUCAGACGAUCUACACGGUGGCCAGAUACCGACGACGCUGCCCCAACCGAACUCCACCAACAAUACUAACAACAACAACAAUAGUCAUACGCCCAAUCAGAACCAAUCGACCAGCAAUCAGAGCUCCACAAACGCAACCACCACCAAUGGAGCCGGAUCGGCGGUCAGCAACAGCAGUACUAACAAUAGCAGCAGUCUUUCCACGUACGAUUGCAGCUCCACCACAAGUCCCACCGGCAGCCGGAACUCGAACGUCAAGCCACCGUACAGCUACGUGGCCUUAAUAGCGAUGGCGAUACAGAGCUCACAGAUGAAGCGCGCGACGUUGAGUGAAAUCUACGGUUACAUCACCUCCCGGUUUCCGUACUACGAGAAGAACAAGAAAGGCUGGCAGAACUCGAUUCGUCACAAUCUCAGCCUGAACGAGUGCUUCGUGAAGAUUCCGCGCGAAGGUGGUGGCGAACGGAAGGGCAACUACUGGACGCUGGACCCACAGUACGAGGACAUGUUCGAGAACGGCAACUACAAGCGUCGCCGGCGGAUGAAGCGCCCGUACCGGACGGGCCAUUACUCGAAAAUGUUCGGCGAUUCGUACGUGACCAAUCCGGGCAACUUUGGUCAUCGACCGGUCUUUGCACAGAAUCCCUAUCAGACGUAUCCACGAUACGAUGCCGGUGCACCCUGGAUGCCGACGACACAGCUCAGCAGCUACACGUCAUGUUCUAGCCGACCGAACUACUCUUACUCAACACCGUAUAAUUUUUCACAGCUCCAGCAAACGGUACAGCCUGUCACGAUCAACACGUACGGAUCGCUGUCGAACAAUUUGGAUACUUUCGCCGUUUCGGGCAGUACAACACCUCCAUGCGCACGUCGGUUUGAGCCACACUAUCCCUACUGGGACACGACCUUGCCACUUCCGGUAGUGAAAGACGAACCCUCGAAUCAGAUGAGCGUUAGCUCGUCCCAACAGAACACCUACCAGAAGACUUACCUAUCCCAACCAUAACGGCUAAUGGAUGGCGGCGGUGACCAGGCGGCGGAUGGAGUGCCGGCCGGAUCCGAAUCGAGCGGUGACAGCUUCAUGCGAAAUCUGUGGCAACUGUCAUCCUACCACCGGCGGCGUUUGCUGCUGAGCGAAACGUUGGAGAGCUUCUAAAGCAACGUAAUUGAAAUCGAUCGAUCGUGAUCGUGAUGAGGCGCAAAUCAACUAAGUAAGCAGCUAAGUAAUGUAUUCGAUCGAUGUUUGCUAUGUACAUUUGCCCUUACUUUAGGCUAGCCUUGUUUGUUUGUUAAAAAGGGGAUUCAAAGGGACAGCAAAGUGUUUCACAGGAAGUGGUUUUGAGGCUUUUUUUAUUUAUUAAAUAACGCAAGAAGCUAGAGAGAGCAGAGGAGGCUUAUCGGUUACUCAAACGAGGAUAAACCGAUCACGUGACGAGGAUUGUGGACAGGAUUGGAGCUCAAGGAAGUAUAAAAUUUACCGUCCAAAAUUACUAAUGCUUGAUCGAAAUUGGAGUGUACCAGGUCUUUUCACCACGGGGGGAGGGAGUUUAAGCACGCUAGGCACAUACAUUCAUAGUAAUAGCAUCGUUAGGUUCUUUCUACUGUACAGACAUCAAUGUGAACGUUAAAUAAAGCAUAAUGUAUAGUAAAAUACUGUCAAACAAAAAAAGAAAAA